AAAGCCAGCUCCUUGCGUCUACAGCUAGCUCACGUCUGAAAGAGGGAAUCACACACCCAUCACCCUAACGGCGGACUGAACGUAAUGGGUUGCGCCCUCACUUAAGUUCGCGCCACGUGGGAUUUUAGUCUGUGCGAGCAAAUUGAGACGGGGCCCGAACUGUCUCCCCCUGCAUCGACGGCCACUCUAGAAUCAGCCUUCCUGUCACGCCGCCAUCACCGCAAAGACGAUACGAUGGCGUCCUGGAAGCUGGGAAAGAAACUCAAGGAGGGUGCCCUUGGUAGUCGCUCGCCAUCGACGAGUCAAAUGCCCAUCGACCGCAGCGCUACGCCAACGCCUGCCAGCGUGGCUGCGGAAGCAACGUCGUCCUCUUCGACGUCAUCACCCCUGCAUCCGCACUCACACGCGGCGACAAACCCGCUGGCUUCGAGCACGGGUGCGCCAAUCGCUCGAUCCGGUCUUCUCUCGAUCCGAGUUGUCGAUGCUCGCAACCUCAACCUUCCCGUUGGCGCACACCUACCCCCUGCUAUUGCCCGUGCACUGCAGCAGAAUGGCCUGGGGGCUGGCAGCCUACCGCAGGGGUCGUCAGCGUCCGGGGGAGGAGCAGGCGGUGGAGCGGGAGGGCAGAGGCAGAGCAUGCAGAGGAGGCAGUGCUGGUGGCUUCCUUACCUCGUCCUCGAGUUUGACAAGAACGAGGUGUUGAUCGAUGCGCUUGGAGGCGACAUUCAGAGCCCAACAUGGAUGUACAAGGCGCAUUUUGACGUCUCGAGAAACUCGGAGAUCUCACUCCAGUGCUACCUGCGCUCCGGACAGCAGCAGCAGCAGCCUCAGUCGCAGCAGCAUCAGCCACAAAAGGACGGGCAGGGCGACGACGUCAUGGGUGUCGGCGACAUCUACCUGGGUGGAGUCAAGUUUGUGCCUGACUUUGAGAAUCAGCAACGAACAGACGAGUGGUACCCCAUCAGCGGAGGAUCAGGCCAGAUUCACGUACAAGUGUCGUACAGACGCAAUGAGCAGGGCAGCCAGAGCCUCAACAUGGAAGCAUUUGACCUGCUCAAGGUUAUUGGAAAGGGAAGCUUCGGCAAAGUGAUGCAGGUGCGCAAGCGCGACACCUCGAGGAUCUACGCCCUGAAGACGAUCAGAAAGGCCCACAUCGUGUCGAGAUCCGAGGUCACUCAUACUCUGGCCGAGAGGACCGUUCUGGCCCAAGUCAAUAACCCUUUUAUCGUUCCGCUCAAGUUUAGCUUCCAGUCGCCCGACAAGCUCUAUCUCGUCCUGGCCUUUGUCAACGGUGGUGAGCUCUUCCAUCACCUUCAGCGCGAGGGGCGGUUCAACGAAGAGAGGAGUCGCUUCUACGCUGCGGAACUCCUUUGCGCCCUUGAGCACCUUCACGGCUUCAACGUUGUCUACCGCGAUCUCAAGCCAGAAAAUAUUCUCCUCGACUACACUGGACACAUCGCUCUGUGCGACUUUGGUCUUUGCAAGCUCAACAUGGGCGAUGACGAGACAACAAACACCUUCUGCGGAACCCCGGAAUACCUCGCGCCAGAAUUGCUUCUCGGCCACGGCUACACCAAGGCUGUUGACUGGUGGACGCUGGGCGUGCUCCUUUAUGAGAUGCUGACGGGGCUACCUCCCUUUUAUUCGGAAGACGUCAACGAGAUGUAUCGCAAGAUUCUCCAGGACCCUCUGCGAUUUGGCGACGAGGUCAGUCCCGACGCGCGAUCGAUUCUGACGCUCCUCUUGAAUCGGGAUCCGGCGCAACGAUUGGGCACUGGCGCCAAUGGGGCGCAGGACAUCAAGCGUCAUCCCUUCUUCAGCAAGCACAUUGACUGGAAGAGAUUGCUGGACAAGAAGGUGCAGCCGCCUUUCAAGCCUGCGGUCGCCUCUGCCGUCGAUACAUCCAACUUCGACCCGGAGUUUACAAACGAGCAGCCCGUCGACAGCGUCGUCGACGACAGCCACAUGCUCUCAGCCACGGUUCAGGAGCAGUUCCAGGGCUUCAGCUACACGGGCGUAGAGGGAGCCAUGGCCGACGGCGAAAGCGGCAGCCUCGUCUGAGUGAAGGCUGCCUUGAGCAGUGGAAAGAAAAGGAGUAAUGAAGGAAUGAACGCUUGACUUGUCUUUUUUUUUCCUCUUUGUCCCUAUCACGAUUCAUUAUCAAUCUCCCAUCCUUGUUGCCUUGCC